UAUUCUAUAAACCAUAAGGAAAAUCAUGCUGAAUUCAACACAGGUUUCAUAUUUCACUCUUGCUGCUUACUUUGAUACCAAACAGUUUAAAUAUUUAUUUUUCAUGUUUGUUCUGUCUCUGUAUGUUCUGAUUAUCAGCUGUAACGUCCUGCUGAUCGUGUUGAUCUGUGUGAACCGGACCUUACAUGAACCCAUGUUCCUGUUCCUCUGCAGCCUGUUUGUGAACGAACUGUACGGCAGUUGUUGUUUGUUUCCCUUACUGCUGGUUCAGAUCCUCUCUGAUGUUCACAUCAUUUCUGCUCCUCUCUGCUUCAUGCAGAUCUUUUGUCUUUACACAUAUGUAAGCAUAGAGUUUUUAAAUCUAGCCGCGAUGUCUUAUGACCGAUACCUGGCCAUCUGUCAUCCUCUGAACUAUCAUUCUUUGAUGACCUUGAAGAAAGUUACAGUUUUUAUUACAGCAGCCUGGAUAACUGCCUACCUGGUAGUUUCUUGUACAACAUCUUUGAGCUUCUCUCUGCAGCUCUGUGGAAACGUCAUUAACAAAAUGUACUGUGACAACUACUCUAUAGUGAAACUGGCCUGCUCUGAUAUUACAGUCAAUAACAUUUAUGGCCUUUUUAUCGCUGCUCUCUGUGUUUUUGGUCCAUUAGGGAUAAUUCUCUACACAUACAUGAGGAUCCUGAAGGUUUGUUUUUCUGGAUCCAAACAGACCCGGCAGAAAGCGGUCAGCACCUGCACUCCUCACCUGGCCUCUCUCAUUAACUUCUCCUUUGGUAUUUGCUUUGAGGUGUUGCAGAGCAGGUUUAACAUGAGCACAGUUCCUAAUGUUAUCACAGUAUUAUUGUCAUUAUACUAUGUAACAUGUCAGCCAUUGUUCAGUCCUGUGAUGUACGGGCUGAAACUGUCUAAAAUACGCAGCAUGUGGAAACGUUUGUUUUGGAAAUAACUGAAAUAAAAAUGUUUUUAUUCAGCUGACACUUCAGAUCUGUGUCCAAUGUGAAUGGAGUACAGAUUCAUGCAUUCAUUUAAUUUGAUUGUUUAUGUACAUGUAUAUUUACAGAUUAAUCCCUUACCAAUGUUAAAAUGAAGAAUAAUUAUUUACCUCCACGUUACAUAACCUGGCUCUGCUAGACAGAUCCUUUUCUGGACUUUUGCUGGUCUGCUAUGCAUCAGAACCAGAACCAAACAUGGAGAAACAGCAUUCAGCUUCUGUGCUUCACAAAUCUGGAACAAACUUCCAAAAAACUGCAAAGCAGUCAAAACACUGAGUACUUUGAAAUCUAGACUAAAACACACCUGCUAAAGUUGCUAUCAAAACAAGAAAUGAACCAUUAAUCAACAUUUUGAUGUGUAAUGAUGGCAAAAUGUAAUACUUACUGGUUUCCUCAAUUGUUGACUGCAUGGAGUCUUCUAUUGCUUUGUAUUUUUGUGAUAUUAUGAUGUAAUGCACUUUGAACUGCCUUUUUGCUAAAAUUGGUAUAGAAAUAAACUUGAUUGAUUGAU